AUGCAUGAACUUGUUACCAGUGCAAUGGCGUCCCUGGUGGCCAUGACUAGUAUGUCGGCGCAGGAGACCCGGUUCCGGCACCGUGGCACGGCGUCGACGGCCGCCUUGGCCUUGAUCACCGUGUCGAAGCCGUCGCCGGCCAGCGAUAGGUUGGCAGUGCUGUCCUUCUCCGCCGUGUUGUUGGCCGUGGACGCGAUCAGCACCGACGCGUCGCACCCCUACAUGCACCCAAACUCGUGGAAGAAGAGGUGCACGGUGGCGCCGACGGUGAUGAAGGUCUGCUGGAACUUCUUGGCGACGGCGCCCCGGACGAUGGCUUCGACGUCGGGGCACACGCCGGCGUAA